AUGGCUAUUCAACAAGAUUUCAACAAGAGGCCCUUUGAAACAGAAUUUGGGACCGAUUCCCAGCGAAAAAGGUUUCGGUCGCCUAACGACGCCGCCGGCACUUCUUUACGUAGAAAAGUGGUCUUGCCUGUGUUCGAACCAUCCGGUAUUCUAGCUUUAGAAACACAUAACAAAGAAGGGAUACAGUUGUUGCACACAGAACCGCAAGACUCCAUUUCGCCUCAGUCAUUUUAUAAAAAGUACUCGCUUCCAUUGCGGAAACAAACUCAUUUCCAAGCUGUGCUGUAUCGCGACUCAGACGAAAAUUACCUUGUCCAGUACAAUUUGCUGGACCGAACAAACUAUUUGAUUGGUAGGAAACUCAACCCAGAUGAUGAACCUUCACAGCAAGACGAAAAUAGUGAGGUAGUACUUGCUGACAUUCCGAUUCCGGAAGAAACGUGCUCGAAACAGCAUUGCGUGAUACAGUUUAGGAACAAGAACGACCAGCUCAAAGCGUAUGUCAUCGAUUUGGACUCCUCCAAUGGUACAUUAUUGAACGAUGUGGCUCUCCCGAGAGCCCGAUAUGUGGAACUAAAGAAUCAAGACGUGAUUCGAUUUUCUACACAUGAUUCAGACUCAGAUUAUUUUUUGGUCUUCACGUCAGCAUGA